UUAAGUCUUUUUUUUUCUUAUUUUUUUUUCUUUGGCGGUUUUGCUGCUUUGCGAGUCUUCGAAAGGAUAUACCCCUCCAGCCAUACAACCAGGAAACAUUCAGUCAGUCAGUCACGUCAACCGACUUAUUCCUUGUGUGGUUUGUUUUUUUUCAUUUGGUCGAUUUUCCUUAUCUCCGUUUUCCAUAUUGCAGCUUGGAUUCUGGAUUCACUGCUUCUACUACUACGACGACACCUGAGGAGUCCAUCGGAUAUUUGCACUGCCUAUCUGCCUGAGGGAACAAUCGAACAACAGCUGCUGUGUUGCCUUCAACAACUCUGGAACCGAACCGAAAGAGGGAACGGAACAGAGACGGGAAACCAGACAACGACGAACAGACGGCAACUGAAAGAAGAAGAGCACGGAUCGAUAUCCCAGGUUGAUCAAGGUUCCCGUACCGCCCAUCAACGCCUCCUGGUUCUGUUCCAACUUGUCUCAGCCCUGGAAAUUGUUUGCCAUACCAUAUCACGCAUCAUAAUACAUACCUACUUGUACCGUCAUACCGUAUUUACAGUACCGGUCCGAUAUCCAAACAGCAAGGUCACCCUUCACCUUGGGUCUCGGCUUCAGCAAACAGGGGUCGGUAAUCAGGUACCGAUUUGGAUUACCAACCUCUUACUGUUCAGUACCAGAAACAUUACUUCCCAUCUCGGCCUCAUCCUAUCAAGCCAUCCUCCACUAUUGCGACACCACACACCCGACCCAGGAUCCUACCGCGUUUCCGUACUUGUUGUUGGCGUAACCAACCGCACAGACCGGACCCUACUACUAUCAACACUAGUUCUCCGGCAGAAAGACCCUGGUCCUUGGUCGACCACCCCGGUUCAUCCCCAGCUUAGGCCAGGAACAGAUUGACUCUCAAACACCUCCGGGUGGUAGUUCUGUUCGCGCCCACCACGCCAGCCAGGCCGCGCCCGCCCUACCGCCCUGGGCUCCCUUCCCUCUCUCACUCCCUCCCUCGUUUUCCCGACACACACCUCCCACACAGCUGAAGCCAUGCCGCCCGCUGGCUCAGAGAGGGACCACCAUGGGCACCACCAGCUCCCCCGAGAUUUAAGACACUCGCAUUCCGCCUCGUUUGAUAAUCAUGGCCGUGCCAUGAUCCCAAUGUGGGAUAGCUCAGACCCCGAGAGGGCACCACCGCCGCUUCCACUCAACCCUCAGUCUCCCGGUGUCUCUAGAGCUGGCACCUCGAGUGCGAUCCAGUCUGCCCACGCUGCCUUGCAGGAAAAGGCCCGUGAGAGUGCUAACCUGAUACCACACAUCCCCAAGCGCGCCGCUGGUGACCCUUCUCCAGAGAGGACAGAGAGGCCCCCUUUGCGCAACACGGCUACGGCUGCGUCACAUCGCCGUCUAAACUCCCUUCAGAACAGCACUGUCAAGGAUAUUAGUUUGAUGCUUGAGAGUGGGUACGUCUCCAAUACAUCAGCCUCACGAUCACCAGAGAAGCACGAGUUUAAGCACGAUUUGAAGCACGACUUCAAAUUCGAUAGCAAACUUGACACCAAGUUUGACAAGUACGAAAAGCACGAAAACAACAAACACGAUAAGUACGAGAGCAAGUACGAGAGCAUAUACGAGAGGCCAUCCACCCCUACGAGGAGUCGUGAGAACCACGUCGAAUUCAAGGACGAAAAGGAAGACACCCUAAAACCCGCCCCCACCAUGGGUUCACCACGAACGGGUCCUAGUUUGACCCCCGGCAGCAUCCUCCGCCAAGCCAACAGCACCAGCAACAUGCGGCGACCACAUCAGAGCAUCCUCGGCGAGAACACUCCUCCUCAGUCGGCCACCAUGCUCGCCCUUCAGAACAUGAGUAGUGCCAGCAACCUCGGAACGUCGUCGUCGGUCAGGGACUCGGAUCCCCUCGCUAACAUCACUAACGGCUCCAGCGGAGUGACCAAGACGACUGUAACACCCCUAGGCCUCGAGGCCCUGUCGAACCAGCUCAUCACCCUUACCAACAUUGCUUCGGCUCUUCAACGAGAAAUGUCGGCGCUUAGCAGGCGCAGCAGAGAUAAUGCUACAGACUUGCUCAGCUUGAAAGAGGCCACCAAUCAGCGCGAUGAGGACAUUCGCAGGAGUUUGCGAGAGUUGAUCACCGAGGCCAAGUCGAGGGCCGCGCAGAGGGAAGCGUACGGUGGGGGUCCGCCAUCGCCUACGUCGCUAAAGUCGCGACCGUUCUCCCUGCCGCGAAUACCUUCGCCACAUAGCUUUGGACCGUCGCUUGAUCGAGAGUCGCUAUUAAGCACACCCUCACUUGUGGCCGACACAUCGUCAAUUGCUCUUCUAGAAAAGAUCCUUCGCGACAUGGGAACGAAAGAGGGCCAAGAAUCGCUUCUUUCGAGACUUAACGAACUCGCCCGUCAGCUUUCCGGCUUUUCCACGUCUGAAAAGCUAGAGGAGAUCAUCCGUUUGGUCAAAGCCAAUCAGCAACAUGCUCUAGUGCCAGCUACUGGCGGAGCAGGGAGAGGUGGUGGUGGCGGCGGCGGCGGCGGCGGUCGCAACAAGGCCUGGAGCUUUAGCGAAGACGAAGACGGCCGAAACUCGCGCGUAGGCCGAUUCCUCGAAGAAUCUGGAAAUUCACCAACUCAAACCCAAAGCUCCCGUGCCACCGAUUCCAUGAAUGAUGAAAUCCUCUCCGCCCUGCGCAUAGUCAAGGAUCACCUGGCCCAAGGCGGCAGCCUUACCAGCGACGUCAAGUCUCUCGUCAAGGAACUGCGCGGCGAGGUCCUCGACAUGGGCCAAGAAAUCGGUCGCCGACUUAACGAAGUCUCCUCCAAGUCCCCUCAAACCCUCCCUGUAGACAAUUCUACAAAGGAAGCCAUGAACAAAAUUGUGUCAGAUGGCCUGGAGGAAAUGCGCCAGAACAUGGUCAACAUCGUGCACGAACACCGCAAGAAGGCGCAAGAGACAGUCGCGGCAGCGCCUCGAAUCGACUCCAUGAUCGAUUACAGGGAGAUCUACAAUAGCAUGCGUGCUGCCCUCAAGGAUUCACAAGCCAAUAAGCCGCGCGUGCAGGAGCUUCGUAGGGAGGACGUUGUACAAGCAGUGCAAGAUGCUUUCGAAAAGUACAAGCCUGAAAUUGAGAUCCAGCAGAUCGGAUUGGAAAGGCACGAGGUGCUGGACUGUUUGAAGGAGGGGCUAGGAAUGUAUCUGCCAAAGGAGACGGCUUCCAAGCAAGACGUGUUUGCUGCCAUCAACGAAGGGUUCAGCAAGUUUGAGACGGUCUCCCGGGACGAUGUCCUCGAAUCUGUCAGGGAAUGUCUGGACGAGUUCGACUUCCCUGUGACUCCCCAGCUUUCGAAAGACGACAUUAUGAGUGCGGUCAAGGAUGGUUUGAGCGACCUCCCCAAGCCCCUGAAGCGUCAAGAGGUGGUGAAUGCCAUGGAUGAGAGCCUCAACAAGUUCGACUUCACUGUUGACAUGGCCGAAGCCGUGCAAGAUGGUGUACGGUCUCUGGAUCUGCCAAAGGACAUGCAAACCGCCGUCACCAAAGCGCUGGAGACAUUCGACUUUUCCUCUGCCGGCCCAUCAAGCGAAGACAUGAUCGAUGCUGUCCAGGAAGCUAUCGAAACCAUGGAUCUUCCCUGUGAUGUCACACGCGCCGUCGUCAAAGCAUUGCAAACCCCCGAGUUCGCACAGCAUAUCGCUUCUUACCUCCCCCGCCCCGAUCUGUCGCGUGUCGACCUUGCUGAUGCCGUCCGCGAAGGAUUUGAUGCGCUUGAUAUUUCAGGAGAUGUCGCCCGCGCUGUCAAAGAAAGUCUAAAAGAACUAGACCUCUCCGAUCUCUCCGGCUCACAUUCCAAAGCUCUCGUCCGCCACGGCACCACGCCUCCUUCCAUCCUGAAGCCCGAAACUGAAGAAAUCAUUGAGCGACUGUACGAAAUCCGUGAUUCGCUAAGAGAUGAGUUCCGCGCCUUCUCAGAAAAAAGCAAACCCACCUCCCGUGGUGGUGACGCUGAGCGGACUACACCUGGUAUUACCAUGGACGAUUUCGAGAAACUGAGGCAUGACAUCGAAGCGUACGUCGACCGCGCCCGCACCGACGGCAACUCCGACGAUUUGAUCCCGCACAUGACUGAAACAUUGGAGAGAUUUAGGGAGGAAGUGGCGGAGUUGGUCAAGAAGGCUUCUCGGAGCACCAACGAUCUGCUAAGGGAGGAACUUGAAUCACUCCGCGACGUCGUCAACGGCACCUUGGUCCCCGUAACGCCACUCGCGCAGCCCGGCAGCAAUGCCGAGAUUCUCGAGGCCAUUGGUGCUAUUCGUAAGGAGAUGAAUACCACCUCUCAGCACACCGGUGAGGCGGCGGAAACGAAAAUCCUCCAAGCUCUGCAAGAGGGACUCGGCGAUUUGAAAAAGAGUAUUGACAAGCUCUCUAACAAAGCCGGUGACCUCUCGGCUAAUGACGAGAUUCUGGAUGCGCUCAAGGAGGGCCUGAAGGGCGUCAGAGCUGAUCUCGAAGAGCUUAGAGCAGGAGGCGGGUUUGAUGACGAAUUCGCGCUGACGCCCUUUAGCAAGGAUGGUGAUCAACCUUCGAAGCAGCUUGGCCAUGGAAGCGUCGAGGAGAUUAGAAGUCUUCAUGCUAUGGUUGAUAAGCUAGGGAAGAAGGUCGAGGCUAUGGAAAGGGGUGCUGGCCCGUCAAAGGCUGCGGCGGGUGCCAGAACUGCUACAUCCAAGUCUGAGCUAGGCGACGUCGAGGCCUUGCUAAGGAAGCUGAUCGAUUCCGUCGCCUCUCUUGCUGCCCGCGAACAAAAGCAGCAGAAGAUCAACCUGUCACCCCUCGAAGAAACCAUUCGCUCCCUCCAGACUUCCGUUGACACCGCGAUUGGGGGUCUGAGAAAGUCCAUUGAUGAGUGGACCAAGGCAAGAUCGUCAUCAGCCGCGCCUAAGCAGCCCGAGCCUGAGCUGCUUCCCACCAGCGACCCUACCGAUCCGGCUACGAAAGAAGAUGUCCAGGCAAUUGAGACCAUUCUAAGGAAUACCAAGGACAGCUUGGACGAUUUCGUGAGCGCCCAGGGACUGCAGAGGGAGCUAGUCAGGAAAGAGCAUGUGGAUGCACUUGAAGUCUUGUUGGUAGAGACAAAGUCGAACUUGGGAGAUUUGUCGAAGCAAGUGGAAGGUGUGUCUAGGAAGGAGGAUGUUUCCGCUCUCGAGUCGCUCAUCGCCAAGAUGACGAUUGCCUUCGACGAAAUGAGGACCCGCGACGAGAAAGAAGACUCCAACAAGCUCACCAAAGCUGAUCUCGAGGCUGUUGAGACUGUUUGUCUCGAAGUCAAGUCCCUCGUUUCAUCGAGACCCGCCACCACUGAUGCCACCACCGACUCUCCGACAGCCACAGCCAGCCGCCCCGACAUGGACAGCAACUUCAAGACCCUGACUGAGAAGCUUGAAGCUCAAGCCGAGGCUACUACAAAGGCAAACGGCGACAUCACCGACCGCGUGUCCGAAGUCAAAUCCCUCCUCGAAGAGUUUCAUGAAGUCAUCAAAGCUAAACUCACUGAUGGAGCCAAGGGGGUGGAUUCUAUUCACAAGGUUCUGGCUCCAAUGAGCGAAAUUGUCAAGAAGAACGCGACGCUGCAGGAUGAGCUCAUGGAAUUGUGGGGUGGCAUGAAGGAGGGUUUCGAGGAAGGUCGCACGACUAUCAAUAAGGCGAAGACUGACAUUGAGACCAAGAUCGAGGAGCUUCAGAAGGCGCAGAUCUACGAGAUCAAGGAGACCGUUGCGACAAAGGGCCAAAUGGAGGAGCUCAAGACUGCGCUGGAGCCUCUCAGCGGUACGGUCACGGAGGCUGUGGAAAAGAUGGAAGUCAGCUCAAAGACUGUUUUCGAAAGGGUGGAUGAGCUGGUGUGCAAGGCCGAUGAGAAUCAUCUCGAUAUCAAGGCUGAGCAUGCCCUUACCCGAGAGCAGGUGCAGGAGAUGACUGGCAAGUUGGACGGCUUGCAGAGUCUUGUUGCCGAGCAUCAGCCUAAGGUCGCCGAGAAUCUCCAGGAGGUUCUUGCCCUUGUUGGUCAGCAUUUUGAGCAUUCCAAGACGACAACGGAGGGUCUGCAGACCAAGGUCAUCAACGCCAUGCCCACUGUCAACGAGAAGCUCGAAAAGCUCGUUGGUCAUACCGGCGAAGCGGAGAAGGCUUUCGCUCAUCUCGAAGAUGUCCACAAACAAGUCAAGAAUACCUCCGCCGAGCUCGCUGAGUUCAUCGCCGCCCAAACUCAACGCGCCGUCGAAGAGGAUGAGAACAAGAAGAAGAUACUGCAAGAGACCACAAUUGCUCUUGAGCGCCAGCUGGCUGAAAAGGAAGCAAUCGAAGCUCGUUUGGCUGAGCUCAAAGAGGAGGAAGCCCGCGUUAAGGAGAGCAUUAAUGUUACUUUGCGUGAGGAGCAGGAUCAGCUCAAGUCCCAGUUCUUGGAAAACCUCCAACAUGAACAAGCACGUCUGAAGCAGAUGAAUGAGUCUCUAAAGCAGGAACAGGAAGAGCUCAAGUCUACGUUCUUGGCCAACUUGGCUGAGGAGGAGCAUCGCCUCAAGACGCUCAAUGAGUCCCUAAGAAAAGAGCACGAGGAAGCCAAGGCGGUGUUCAUGGCCGGUCUCAAGGAGGAGGAGACGAGGCUGAAGGAACUCAAUGCUUCUCUCAAGGAAGAGCACGAGACCUUGAAGAAGACGUUCACAAUUAAUCUUGAAGAGGAACGCGACCGCUUGAUGGAAAUCAACGUCGCCCUCAAAGAAGAACAAGACACCAUGAAGAAGACCUUUGCUGCUAACCUCCGCGAUGAGCGCGACCGUCUGAUCGAGCUCAAUUCCGCCCUCAAAGCCGAGCACGAGUCGCUCAAGCGGAGCUUCCUUGCCGUUUUGAAGGACGAAGAAGCCCGUCUGAAGGAGUCGAACGAUGCUUUGCGAGAAGAGCAGCAAGCUCUCAAGGAUAAGUUCCUCAAGAAUUUGCGCGAGGAGGAGUCUUUGCUCAAGGAAGUCAACGAAGGUCUGAGGCAAGAGCAGAAAGAACUUAGGAGCUCUUUCCUUGCCGCUUUCAAGGAGGAAGAGAGGCGUCUCAAGGAGAUCAACGCCAGCCUGCGGGAAGAGCAAGAGGAAAUGAAGGCGAUCUUCCGUGAAGAGCAGGAGAAGCUGAAGGUGGAUCUGCUCGCUAACCUGAUGGAGGAGGAGUGUCGCCUUAAAGAACGCAACGAGGCACUGCGCAAGGAGCAUGACAAACUUAAGGAGCAGUUUUUGGCUGAUCUGAGGGCUGAGCAGCAGGGUAUCAAGCACAACCUUGUUGAGCUUCGCGGAGAGCAAGAGGAGCUGGUGCGCAAGAAAUCCAGACUCACGGCGGACUUGUCCUCGCUCGACACUGCCCUCCGCCUCCGAAGAGAAGAGCUCCACGAGAUGGAAACCCGCGCCGAGACACUCGAGCGCCGUAUCCUCGAGGGAGUCAUGGAUCAUUCACGCUUACUUCUCAUGGCCAAAGGCAAGCGCUUCACCACGGGCGUCGGUCGGGAGUCAAUGAAUCGCAAGCGCGUUCCCUCGCAAAUGUCCACCCGCGCUCCCAGCGUCGUUUCACGCAUGGAGUCAAGACAGCCCACGUCGGCACUCAACAUGGCUGCUAUCAACGCCAAGACCAGAACCCCUAAGAUGGGCACGGGUGCGGGAUCGUCGGCGUCUAACAGACGGAUUCUGUCUCUGAGUCAAAUGGUCAGCGGAGCUCUGCCGGGCGGCAGCAUCAAGCGCAGCAAUAGCGUUAGGAACGGGGCUGGUGGUGGUGGUGUCGCGGCGGUCAAGGCGGCGGUAGCUGCUCAUCAUGGUGAUGACGGUACUUCCGGGACUUCGACACCUAAGGCUAAAGAACGGAAGGGAAGCUGGGCGACGACGAGUUCCAAGUCCACGGCGAAGGGGUAUGGUGGUCUAUCGAAACAGCAUAGAGAUUUCUCCCUGAAGGACACGGAUGAUGAGGACGAGGAGGGGUAUGACACCGCUACUCCACCAGUUGAUGUGCGCUCCGGGUCAGAUGAGGACAUGGUUCACGUCGACGACGACGCGCGCACUGAGUCCUCUUCCCGCUACGGCGGCGACGAAGACCACAACGAAACCGAAACCGAAACUGAGGCGGACGAAACAGCCACUCUACGUCGCUCCUCCCAUGGUACGACGGUCAUCACUUCCUCUUCCCGCUCCGGCCCUCGUUCGGCUCGAUCCGGCCGCUCAAAUGGCAGUCGGGAUGACGACGGAGAAAGCCAGUACAGCCAGGACCACGAUCAAGAUGAAGGAGACGACAACUACUCGGACUACGAAACAGGCGACGAUAGUGAAGACGACUGGACCGAGAGGGGUAGUGCCAUUUCGGGCAUGACUGGUACCACGGGCACGAGCAGGACGGGGCGCAGUAGUGUUAGCGCGCCGUCGAUUGCGCCGAGUGCGUCGGUCAUGAGCGUGGCGAGUUCAAAGAUGUCAAAGGCUAGUAAGAUGAGUAAGGAUUCGGCUAUUUCGGGGAUUCCUAGGGCGAGUCCGAAGAAGGGGAAAAAGGCUGGAAAGUAAGGUGGGGAGGGUGAAGGGUGAAGGAUGAAGAUGGAUGGAUGGUUGGGUCAUGAUACCUGCUUGGCUUUCGUUUUGCUUGUUUUAUUAUUUUGUUCGGAUAACAUAUUUGUACGGUUACGUCUAUGGGUGGCUUUUUCCGGUCCGGUUGGUAUUGGUUGCUAUGAUGGCUUGAUGCUUGGUUGCUUGUAUUUUGUGCGAUUACCCCUUUAGAACGGCAAAGCAAUGGAUGAUGGAUGAUAGUAUGAUGGCAAUGGGGUUCGUUACGGGAAUUCACCAGGCUACGUGUCAAAUUAAUUGUUGCUUUUACUUUGCUAAUCUUGGCUGGUGACUAGGUGACUUUUUGCUCGCCUGGUAGAG